AUGGGUUGCGGCGCCUCUCUUCCGGAGGGCGAUGCGCCCCGGACCCCCGCGGACCUCCUGGAGCAGUCGCGGCAGAGGAGAGCCGAGGCUGACGCCAAGAAGAAGGCCCAGGCUGACGCCAAGAAGGCCGAGGCUGACGCCAGGAAGGCUGAGGCUGCCACCAAGAAAGCCGAGGCUGACGCCAAGAAGGGUGGCGCCAAGAAGAAGGCCGAGGCUGACGCGAAGAAGGGUGGCGCCGGGAAGAAGGCCAAGCCCGGCAAGGGCGCCGCGGCCGCCGACGAGCCUGCCGGUCCGCAGUACCCUGACAUAGAGGCGCGCCCGCGGGUGUGGCUCGAGCUCGCCCGCGCGGCCGACAACAAGGAGCACAUGUCCUACUUCCUGGUCAACGACAAGACGAACACGAGGACGUGGGGCACGAUGGCGCCCUCCGAGGCACAGAGUGGCAAGAUCGCGCUCGAGGACAAGUGGUGCGACACGGCGGUCGUGCUCAUCACGUACAAGGGCAAGAGCGUCGCGGACUUCGCCAAGUCUCCGACUUGCGGCAGGGCCCAGUUCACCCUCUCCCCUGCGCCGGCCGCCGACGUCGGCGCCGUGUUCACGGUGGACAAGGACAUGGCGCUCACGCCGAUGACGGGCGCCCUCCCCGACGCGAGCGGGACCAAGGUCAAGAAUCUCGACGCCCUCCUCGGGAUCGACGCGGGCGGCAGGAACGCGAACAAGCGCAGGGACAAGAUCCUGCGCCCGGUCAUCUCCCCGAACGCCGAGCUGCUCCCGGCGCAGCUGCGGGAGCACUUGGAGCCGCUCGGCUACAAGGCCGACGCCAACGCCGAGAUGCUCGGCGGCCUCGUCAAGGGGGCGUGGGCGACGAGCGACGAGUUGCCGCCUGCGUUCGACAAGUGGACCGACCGGGAGCGUCAGACGAAGGUCGACGAGAUCAGCAAGGCUCUCAAGGCCAGGGGCACCAAGCUUGCGAAGCCGCAGCUCAAGGAGCUGCAGGGAGCCCUGGCGACGCUGGGGCGGAACAUGGCGGCGGACCGCGAGACGGUCGCGACCAAGUACAAGGCGACGAAGGAGCCGGCCAGCAUCCUCGACCUGUCGGAGCUGCAGGGGGUGCACUUCCACAAGGGCCUGUAUUACGUCGGGGAGUGGCUGUCGAAGUUCGAGGGCGACGAGGACAUGCCCGAGAUGCCCGCGUCCUCGCGCCCGACCGUGCACAACGGUCCGUUCAACACCUUCACGCAGCGGACGAAGGCGCAGGAGGAGUUCAGCCCGGCGCCGGGCAAGGCGCUGCUGGUCUUGGAGCGCGUCGCGGACGUCGACACGGGGUCGGGGACGGUGACGGAGUCGUCGAUGUACGAGGCCAAGGUCCAGGACGGCGACCUGACCGUCUGCGUGGUCACGCCCAACCAGAAGAAGUGGGUCUUCAAGUUCCCCCCCGCGGCCCCGGGUACGUUCCAGAGGAUCGCGGUGCCCGUCAACCCUGGCAAGUACCGCAUCUUCAGCCGCGGCAACGCCGACGAGAAGCUCAAGCCCGUCGACACGCCCAACCGCCUGGGCCUCUUCGACGCGUGGCGGCACGCAAAGGUGCAGUUCACCAGCGUCAUCGUCAAGUCCGGCGGCUCCGCGGGCAUCCAGGUCGCCGAGCGCAUGCUGUCGAUCUCCGGCGAGGGCUGCGCCGGCGGGUUCGAGGAGCGCUCGAUGCCCGACGAGAGGCCCGCGGACGUCUGCGAGAAAAUCAUUGCCAAGACCCCGACCAAGCCGGCGCCGACAGUGCGCUGCGACCAGCAGGCGGACGAGGACGCCGCUCCGCCGAAGGAGCACAUCGACCUCAAGAAGAUGGAGACGCAGUACUGCGGGCUGCUUGACCAGGCCGCGCCGCCGGGCAAGGUGCUCGUCAUCUUCACGCGCAAGCAGCACAUCGACCCGGACGACAAGAGCGCGCACCGCAACUUCACUGUGUCCGCACUCACCGAGGACGGCAAGCGGGGGUACACCAACAUCGACGGCUCCCCGCAAGGGUUCCAGCACGCCAAGUCGGCCCGGAUCCUGUGGAGGAAGCUCGGUCCGAUCAAGCUCUACAAGAUGGUCAAGGUGAUCCACUCGAAGCUCGUUUGCGAGCCGGGCCAGAUUCGCCUGCUCGGCUUCAACGGCACCGACAAGGACUGGACGACCAAGACGGGCCUGCUCGACAAGAACAAGAAGCAGCACGGCUGCAUGAUCACGAUGACCGCGACGGCGGGCACGCGCCUGCACAUCGACGUGUGCUAUACCACGGAGGACAAGAAGAAGGUCAACACUCGCAACAUCUUCAGGCUCGACGAGGCGAACUCCGGCCCGACGUGGCAGCCCGACCCGCAGGGCGGCGAGAGCAUCCAGGGCGAGUACGACAUCAUGUCGACGGACAGCAACACCCCCUUCGAGACCCUCAAGGCCGCGGUUGCCGACCACACCGGCUUCGACCCGAACCGCAAGGUCCAGAAGCAGAAGGACGCUCCGCAGCAGCAGGCGGCCCCGGUCAUCGUCAACAUGGGCCAGCCGCAGAUGCCCAUGCAGCAGGGCUACGGGCAGCCGAUGCCGGGCCAGAUGAUGCCGGGCUACGGCCAGCCGAUGCCGGGCCAGAUGAUGCCGGGGCAGAUGAUGCCGGGCCAGAUGCCGGGCUACGGUCAGCCGAUGCAGGGGCAGAUGAUGCCGGGUCAGAUGCCGGGCUACGGCCAGCCGAUGCAGGGGCAGAUGAUGCAGGGGCAGAUGAUGCAGGACCCGAUGAUGCAGGGCCAGAUGCCGGCGCAGGGCCAGAUGCAGAUGCAGCCUUCCGCGGCGGCGUAA